AUGACUGGAAAGAAGCUCAAGGUAUCCAUCCCAACCCUGGCCAGGACCCCUGCUCAGUCUGCUCCCUCCCGGUUACACGGCAGUGCUACUCGUUUCGGUGCUCCGUGUGCAAAGCCUGGUGCCACAAGCGGUAAACCUGGUAACCAGGGCUCCUCAUACCGCCCCAUCUCCCUCCUUUGUACAGCGGUUAAGAUCCUGGAACACCUUCUACUCCCAUACAUCUCUGGUUCUCUCGUCACGGUUUCCUCGCAACAUGGCUUUAAACCAGAUGACCUCACUAUUUUCGUGUCGUCCCCGAGACUCGACGCCGCGGAGGCUGACCUCUCUGAGCUUCUCCGGGGCGUCUCAGACUGGUCGACCGCCAAGAAACUGGCCGGGGCUCCGGGGAAAUCCUCAGUCACGCUCUUCACCCCCGACACUCACCAAUCCCGUCUUCACCCCUCUGCAACAAUCUGCAAUUGCAUCAUCCCAUUGGACAAGACCCCCAAAAUUUUGGGGGUCACUUGGGAUACCCUUUUUACGUUCUCUCCACAUGUCAGAGCCAUAGCCACCAAAGCCAUAGGCUCUUUACGCAUCUUAAAAGCCCUGGCCAGCACCAACUGGGGCUUCUCCAAGGAAGACAUCAUUGCCACAUACCGUACAAUUACUCGCCCAAUCCUCAAUUAUGCUGCCCCCAUCUGGUACCCAGUCGCGUCACGCACCGCAAUUGCAAGCCUCCAAAUCAUCCAAAACUCAGCCUUGAGACUAGCCACCGGCUGCAUCAAGAUGGCCCCAAUCGCCCAUCUCCACCAUGAGACCGGCGUCCUCCCCCUAUCCGCCCACCUGGACCUGGCCUGUGCUCAAUUUCUCGGCAGCGCACUCCAGCCUACUCAUGCUUCUUUCACCUUCGUCUCCGCUCCCCCCGGAGACCGCCCCAUAAAAGCUUCAAUCAAGACAAGAUUCGGCCACCUUGUGGCGCCUUUCCUUGUUGACGGCAUGAUGCCCGACGGUGCCAAUGGAGAGGCAAAAUGCUCCCUCCGUAGGGAGAUAGCCACCCGUGUUGCGGCGACGGCCGUUAUAAACGCUGUCCUCACAGCCCCACCACCACCGAUUGCAGCAGAAGAAGCCUCGCUCCCUCGCCCUUACCGUUCAGCGCUAUCCCAGCUACGCUCGGGAUACUGCAGCUCCCUUGCGUCCCACACCCACAGGGCUGGUUGA